CUGAUAACAGUGUCCACAACAAAAACCAAUGAAUGUUAUUGAAUGAAUACUAAUAUUGUGAAAUUUAAGUAACUGUAUAUAAAAGCUGGUCUUUCUCUCGUCCAGCAGUACCAGGCAACUUGUGCAGACAGAAGAGAAGAUAUUUUUCCAGCAGGUUAUCAAGGUUAAAGUCAUCUCCACUACCAGGAUGCUGGCUGUGUCUCUACUUGUUUGUGCCAUGGUGGCUCUGACUAGGGCUGCGGACGUCUUCCUGCGAUCAGACAUGUUACCCAUUCUUCUCUGUUUGUCCUCAGAAUGUCCCACUGAUUGGAAGAUGUUCAAUGGUCGCUGUUUCCUUUUUAAUCCAUUACAAUUGCAUUGGGCUGACGCUCAGGAAAGCUGUAUGAAGGAGGGGGCAAACCUUGCAUCCAUUCACAGCCUUGAAGAGUCUACGUUUGUUAAGGAGCUGACAAGUGCAGACUUAAUCCCAUCAUGGAUUGGAGGCACAGAUUGCCAAGUGUCAACCCGUUGGUUUUGGAUGGAUAGCACAAGUAUGGAUUAUGCUGACUGGUGCGCUGCACAACCUGAUACAACCUUAACUGAGUGCUGCAUACAGAUGAAUGUUGGAAUUGGAAAAUGCUGGAAUGACACACCUUGUACGCAUCUUCAUUCAUCAAUCUGCGCCAAGCCACUGAAAUGAAUUCUGAGCUGACCCAGAGGCAUCCACCACCGUCAAUCACGUGAUUGUGUGUAUGUUUGCAUACUCUUCUGUGUUUUUCAUGUAUCAAGUCAAAUAAAAGGCUGAAACAAA